AGCAUGUCUCAUGCUACUAUGGUGUAUUUUACCUUUGCACCAUUAGACCGUAUAGUAAGGUUGAGACUCAAUUUUUUUAAGAUUCUCGUUUAAAGUAUGGCCGAAAUUGUUUUCAAAAUAAAUGGGAAAGAACAUAGAGUGGACGGCAAAUUCGGCCCAGACGUGACUCUCAAUGAAUAUAUUAGAAACGUGGCUCAUCUCCGUGGAACUAAAGCCAUGUGUCGUGAAGGUGGCUGCGGCGCUUGCGUGGUCAACGUCCAAACUGCAUUACCACCGAGCAAUGAAAUCAAAACAUUUGCUGUCAACUCUUGUCUGGUAUCAGUUUUGUCAUGUCAUGGAUGGGAUAUUACGACAAUAGAAGGCAUAGGUAACGAAAGGACUGGUUAUCAUGAAAUUCAAAAACGGCUUGCACAUUUUAAUGGAUCUCAGUGCGGAUAUUGCUCUCCGGGAUUUGUGAUGAACAUGUACAGUCUCUACAUGUCCAAAAAUAAAAAUUUGACAACUAAGGAAGUCGAGAAUUCAUUCGCAAGCAACAUUUGUCGAUGUACUGGUUACCGACCAAUAGCUGAAGCCUUUAAAUCAUUCGCAGUUGAUGCUGACAAAGCAUUACGUGAUAAAGUUAUUGACUUAGAAGAUUUAAAUUUAGUAAAAUCUUGCACUAGAGAUUGUUCUGAUAGAAAAUGCCUAAAUAAAAAGUCUUUGAGUAAAAACAGUAAUGCACUUAAUGAUAAAAAUGAUACUAGUUGGUGUAUGAUUGAAAAUCCAAACAACAAGACGUUUACGGUGACAAGUCCAGCACAUAAAUGGCUUAAAGCAUAUUAUUUAGAAGAUGUAUUUAAAGCUAUCCAAAGUGACAAUAACUACAAAUUGAUCGCAGGAAACACUGGACAAGGGGUGAAUCAAAUGACUGAUUACCCAACAAAUAUUAUAGACAUUUUCAGUGUAUCUGAACUUAAAGAACAUGUUCUGGAUGUUAAUUUGAUUUUGGGAGCUGGUAUAUCUUUGUCAUCAUUGAUGGAAAUUUUUCAUAGCCUGUCUACAGCAGACGAAGAUUUUAAAUAUUUAAAGGAACUAUACGACCACUUAGAUUUAGUAGCCCAUAUUCCUGUUCGAAAUAUUGGGACCAUAGGUGGAAACCUCAUGCUCAAACACAUUAAUAAUGAAUUUCAAUCUGAUUUGUUUCUUCUAUUUGAAACUGUUGGUGGAAUGGUAACAUUAGCUGAAGGAAAAGGAAAGAACAUAACAAUGACGCUUCCUGAAUUCCUGAAAGUUGAUAUGAAUGGAAAAGUUAUCAUAAAUGUCAUACUUCCACCUUUAUCUCAAUGUUGCUCUCUCAAAACCUACAAGAUUAUGCCUCGAGCCCAAAAUUCUCAUGCAAUUGUCAAUGCCGGAUUUUUGUUCAAAUUUCGUAACAACUCUCAGCUACUUGAAAGUGCUACUUUAGUUUUUGGAGGAAUAUCUAGAAAUUUUAUACAUGCGGCAACAACUGAGGCUAUAUUAAUUGAUAAAGAUCCCUACACUAAUGAGACAUUACAAUUAGUCCUCAAAAGUCUGCACGAAGAGAUCCAGCCUGAAGAGAAUCCACUGGAACCUUCGGCUGAAUAUAGAAAAAUGCUUGCCGUCAGUCUAUAUUAUAAAGCAAUUCUUUACUUUUGUCCUGAUCAUAAAGUAAAUCCAAUAUAUAAAUCUGGUUGGAAGGUAUUCAAAAGAGAGACAUCUAAAGGAAGCCAAAGUUUUGAAACUGAUAAAAGUGUUUGGCCUUUGAAUCAACCAGUAUCAAAAUUAGAAGCAUUAGUUCAAUGUGCUGGUGAAGCAGAAUUUUCAAAUGACAUCCCUGUAAUGAAUGAUGAAGUUUUUGCUGCAUUUGUUACGGCUGAUGUUAAUCCAGGAAGUGUGAUAAGUAGUUUUGAUACAGAUCAAGCUUUUAAUAUUUCUGGAGUGUCAGGAUUUUAUACUGCCAAGGACAUACCAGGAAAUAAUUCCUUUACGCCUUCAAAAAUUCCAAUGAUGGAUGCCGACGAGGAAAUUUUAUGUUCUGGAAAAGUAAUGUAUUACGGGCAACCAGUUGGAAUUAUAAUAGCUGACAGAGAACAGACAGCUCAAAAAGCUGCUAAGCUCGUUAAAGUAAAUUAUUCUUUAAUGAGUACAAAGAAGCCUUUGUUGACAAUAGAUAGUGUCCUUCAGUCUCCAGAAAAAAACGAAAGAAUGGUUAAGAAUCAAAUUAUAGAACCGACAGAAGUCGGCAAUGAUAUUAAACAUGUCUUAAGUGGAGAGUUAAAAUUAAAAGGACAGUAUCAUAACUAUAUGGAACUGCAGACAUGCGUAGCGAUCCCUACAGAAGAUGGCUUGGAUGUAUAUUCAUCGAAUCAGUGGUUAGAUUUAGUUAGUGUAGCUAUUGCUGAGUGUCUUAAUCUUCCAGUGAACAGAAUAAACGUAAUAGUCCGUAGAUUGGGUGGAGGGUAUGGAGGUAAAAUAUCUCGCGCUUCUCAGAUAGCAUGCGCUGCAGCAUUAGUUGCACAUUUAGAGAGAAAACCCUGCAGAUUUAUAUUGCCUUUAGUAACCAAUAUGAAAGCUAUUGGGAAAAGAUUGCCGCUAAAUAGCAAAUUCGAGGUAGGGGUAAAUGAAGAGGGCGUUAUUCAAUAUCUGAAAACUGCUUUCCACCAAGACCAUGGAUAUUCUUUCAAUGAAAAUAUAUCAGCAAGAACAAUCACUCAUUUAUACAGCUGCUACGAUCCGAGACGAUGGAAGAUAGAAUCAUAUAGCAUCAUCACUGACACCGCAUCAAAUACAUUUUGCAGGUCACCAUCGUCCACAGAAGGUGUUGCAAUGAUUGAGAAUAUAAUGGAAUAUAUCGCAUUUAAUAUUGGGAAAGACCCUAUGCAAGUACGGCUCUCAAAUAUGGAAACACAAAACAAUCCUUUUCCAGACAUGAUAAAUCAAUUGAAAACCGAUGCCGAGUACGAUAGGCGUAAUGAGGAAAUUACUGCAUACAAUAAACAGAACCGAUGGAUGAAGAGAGCUUUGAAAUUAAUGCCCAUGACGUUCGAAAUAUAUUACUUCGGGAAUUAUAAUUCAGUAGUAUCAAUUUAUCACGCGGACGCCUCAGUUGUAAUUUGUCAUGGUGGCAUAGCUAUGGGACAAGGACUGAAUACCAAAGUAGCUCAAGUAUGCGCUUUUGUAUUAGGCAUACCUUUAGAGAAAAUCAGAAUAAAACCAAGUACAAGCGUGGUUUCACCGAAUGCAAUGGUUACUGGUGCAAGCAUUGGUAGCGAAUGCGUCGCUUUUGCGACCAAAAAAGCAUGUGAGAUACUUUUAGAAAGGUUGGCACCUAUCAAAGCGAAAGGUUCGGUUUCUUGGGAGGAACUUAUUACUAAAGCAUAUCAAGAAGGUGUAAAUUUACAAGCAUCGUACGUGUUUUCGACUAAAGAUGAACUGAAAUCGUAUAACGUGUAUGCAGCUUGCGCUCUAGAAGUAGAAGUUGAUACACUUACUGGUAAUCAUGAUGUAAGAAGGGUAGAUUUACUUGAAGAUACAGGACGAAGUUUAAGUCCUCUAAUAGAUGUUGGUCAGAUAGAAGGCGCCUUCGUGAUGGGUCUAGGUUACUGGACGUCAGAGAACCUUAUCUACGACCAGUCGACAGGCGAACUACUAACUAACCGUACAUGGACGUACAAACCGCCUGGAAUCAAAGAUAUCCCCGCUGACAUGAGGAUUUACUUUCGUAGAAACGCGGGGAACGAACAUGGUCUACUUCAAUCUAAAGCCACAGGAGAACCGGCAUUUUGCCUGGCCACAAUAGUCCUCCACGCUUUUCGGGAGGCAAUCCGCAACGCUCGACUCGACGCGGGCUAUCCAGAUCAGUGGGUCGAUAUAGGUAUACCAUGCACAGCGGAGAAUAUUUUCAUGGCGCUUGAGCAUAAAAUAGAACAUUUUAUAUUGCAGUAAUGCGGACAAGGAAGUAUAAAAUACUCCUCACCUUGCUGGUGUGAAGGAAAUAUACAUUAGGGUCUUUACGCACUGCAUCCAAUUCAAAUCCGAGAAUUCUUGAUCUGAAUUAUCCGUGAUCAACCCAUUUCCGCCCCACUACUGA